UUUGCAUUUGUGCAGUCUUCCUCGCCGUUCGCCUCCCUCUCGCCACCGUCUUAUGCCCAAGUCCCGGCUCUCAAUCUACCACAAUGGCUGGGACCGGCUUUUCCGCCUCUUCAUUAUUCUCUUCCUCUUCCUCUUCCUCUUCGCCCUUCUUCUCUUCCUCCGCGCCUUCCCCUCCCUUCUCCUUCUCCACAAACCCUACCGCUUCUUCCACCCCCACAACAGCCUUCUCGUCUUCACCAUUCUCAUUCACUAACCCUAGCUCCACUUCAACGACGACUUCGUCUCCUGCUCCCUACACCUUUCCUUUUGGCUUUGGGAAUUCGACCGGAGUACCGGGUUCUGGUUUUCCUAGCUCCACUUCAGUGACGUCAUCUCCUGCUCCCUCCACCUCUCCCUUAGGCUUGGGCGGGAAUUCCGCUUCCUCUGCCCCUUCCACCACUCCAUUUGGCUUCGGGAAUUCGUCCGCGGCAUCCAGUUCUGGUUUCACCUCGGGGCUUUUCGGAUCAAGUUCUACUGCUUCAACUACAAGCUCUACUAAUUCCCCACUUUUUGGAGUGACGCCGUCUGUAUCAGCCGCGGCCUCCUCAUCUCCGUUCGGAACUCCCUCCGCGUCAAGCUCGGCCCAGUCACAAUCACAAACUAGCAUUUUCGGGUCGGGUUCAAGCCAGGCAAGCGUAUUCGGUUCUUCACCUUUGUCAUCCGGCUCAAGCGCAUUUGGGUCCUUCGCCACGCAACCUGGUUCAGGCCUGUUGGGAGCCGCCUCUACUAGUUCACCUGCGUUCUCUUCUACUACUUUUGGUGCUUCCACUUCGCCAUUCGGGUCAUCUUCAUCUUCCCCCGUCGCCUCCGUUGCACCAACUGCAUCCUCCUCAGCUUCCUCCGCACCGUCAUUUGCAUUUCCCGCGGCCACAUCAGCGUCCAUUUUCGCUUCAUCAGCAUCCGGCUUUAGCUCUGCGGCCACAGCAGCCACAGGUCUGGCUUCAUCAGCGUCUGCAUUCACCUUUCCAGCCACAUCAGCUGUGAGUUCCACUUCACCAGCCACUGGAUUUUCGUUUCCAGCCACAUCAGCAAGUGGAUUCUCUUUUCCUGCGGGAGUAAGCUUUCGUACUGCUUCUUCUUCUCCUGCUGCUGCGGUAUCUACUCCAUUCCAGUCUUCUUCAGCAUCUGCAUUUUCAUUCCCUAAAGGCACCGGAAGCUCAGCAACGCCAUCACUGACAUCGUCAUCAGCAGCAGCAUCUGCAGCUGUCUCGUCCUCAGGGGGUUUUUCAUUUGGGACUUCUGGAUUUCAACCCUCUGCGUCCACAUCAGCAUCUAUUUUUUCUACUCCGGCUUCCAAGUCUGGUUUUGGAACUGCUUCUACCACGACCUUGUUUUCAACAGUUACUACCACCACCAGCGCCUCAAUGACUGCGGCAACAACUACAACUGCUGCUGUCAGUACUAGUUUAACUGGGUCUGGUCUAAGUUUCCCUGUUUUAAGCCCGGCUGCCUCUUCUGCUGCUACAACAGCAUUCACUUCUGGUUCAGCUGCUGCUUCAUCAUCAGGAGGUUUUACUGGUUUUAGUGCUAGCACUUCUAUUGGAUCGGGCACAACCUCUGGAUCAUUUUCACUCUCAACAAAAACACCUGCAACUGGUACAUCGUCACAACAGCACACAAUUUCAACUGCAGCUGCAACUUCCUUUGGUCUGCCUGCUUCAACUUCUACAGCAGCAGCAACUACUAGUACCAGUUCUGCUCCUCAAGCAUCAGCAUUGGUUGUAGCUUCUAGUAGUGGUACCACUUCAACUGCAACAGCAGGUCUAGCUGCCAAACCAAAAUUGCCAUCUGAAAUCACUGGAAAAUCUGUCGAGGAGAUCAUCAAGGAGUGGAAUACAGAGUUACAGGAACGUACGCGCAAGUUUCAGAAGCAGGCUAGUGCAAUUGCUGAGUGGGAUAAAAGGAUCUUGCAGAAUCGUGACAUCCUCGUUAGGCUUGAGACUGAAGUUGCAAAAGUCGUUGAGACACAAGCUAACUUAGAGCGACACUUGGAGCUGAUUGAGACUCAUCAAGAAGAGGUUGACAAAUCGUUGCUAAGUAUGGAAGAAGAAGCUGAGCGGAUAUACAAAGAUGAGCGUGCAUUGCUUCUUGAUGAUGAAGCUGCAUCUACAAGAGAUGCAAUGUACGGGCAAGCAGAGUUUAUAGAGAGGGAAUUGGAACAGAUGACGGAACAGAUCAAAGGAAUUAUUACUACUCUCAAUAGAAGCCAGGGUGGGGAACUGGAGGUGACUGAUGGAAUGUCUCCAUUGGAUGUCGUCGUUCGUAUUUUAAACAAUCAACUUAGUUCCUUGAUGUGGAUUGAUGAAAAGGCUGAAGAAUUCUCUUCGCGCAUUCAGAAGAUUGCUAGCCAAGGUCCUGCAGUGGAUCGGCAAAUGAUGGGCCCUAAGCUUUGGUUGACUUAGUGAGAGAAGCUCGUCACAGUUCUCAGAUAUGUGCGAUAUAUAACCUGGAGGAAUAAGUGGACUGCACACUAGUGCUGUUCUCUAAACUACGAGACCUUGUGAUUAGUUUAUUUAGUACCUCUUUUGAAGUUCAGUCUUGUCUUUGAUAGGAACAAUUAACUUCUUAAGGCGUACCAAGAUUCGGGAGAUGUAUAGUUUCUGUGCUCUUGUAGCAUAAAUUGGCUUGGAAUAUGUAUUCUGCGGUGAUAUCAUUGACGAACAUUUUUUAGUGAAUUCAUGUUCUUAAA